CGGUUUUGGCGCGCCGAUUCGAACGCGACUUCCCGCCGAAACACACCAGCACCAAACACACACACGCACGAGCAGCUGUUGUUCACAACUGCCACCAUCCCGCCAGUAGUGUCUGUUGUGUCUGCCUGUCUCUCAUAUCAGUUGUUGUCAUCUCUCUCCAUCUCUGUGUGCAUUGGUGUGCUCCACGUCCACAACGCGUCACCACCCCCCCCACCUCCUUCUGCCAUGGCUGAGGAAGCUGCCGCUGCACCGAUGCUUCGGCCGGUGCACGGCGAUGGCGUGACCCUAGUCACCUUCGACGGCUCUGGGAACAUUGUCACCGCUGGUGAGAACGCUGUCGUGCAUGUGUUCAAGUCCACCACGGAUGAAGAUGCGCGUGUCAUCGAAGACAACACAGGCCCCAUUGCCGCCAUCGACUGCAAGGGCAACAAGCUCGUGACUGCCUGUGAAGACCACCACGUCCGGCUCUUUGAUCUCUCCAAAGGGGAGGAGUGUCUCGAGUCUGUCGUGACGCGUUUUCAGGGCCCCGUCAAAGCCGUUGCUCUCAACAACACGGGCUCCGCGUGCGCUUCUGCUGGCAUGGACAUGGUGAUCAAGAUUGUGACGCUGGUGGACAUGUCUGUGCGAGAGCUCCACGGCAGCGAGGGCACUGUGCGCUCGCUCUGCUUCGAUCCACAGAUGGAGCUGCUGGCAUCUGCUGGCGAGGACGGCUAUCUCCGCCUCUGGACCAUCGCCACAGGGAAGAUUGCGCACGAGCUCUACGUUUUACCCAACAUUCGCGGCGGCGCAGACCCAGCUGAAAUCGGGAUGUACGGCAUCGACUUUGACCCGAAAGGAAACAUGCUCGCCGUCCCCGUCAAGAACGCUGUGCAGAUCUUUGACCGCUCCCUCGAGUUUAUGUUCAUCCUCAAAGACCUCGGCCACGAUGCGCCCGUGUCGGUGGUGAAGUGGUCCCGUGACGGCCGCUACCUGGCGAGCGUGAGUGUCGAUGGGCAGAUGCUCGUGUGGGAGCUGUCCAGUCGGCAGUGCGUGGCCUCGUUCAGACAUCCGCGCCGCCUGUGCAUCACCUCAAUCGCGUGGCACCCGACCGAGGAGGAGAUUGCUUACGCAGAUCUCCUCGGCAACUUCUCUGUGUGGCGCAAACCCGUGCGCGAGAGCGUCAAGGAGAAGCUCACGCCCGAGGAAGUGAAGCAGAUGGAGGCGGACAAGAAGGAGGCCGCCUCCCGCGCAGACGUUGAAACGCUGUUUGACGAUGAACCGAAGCAGAAGAUCCGUCUGAAGCGGAACAACGCGCCGCGCAACAUGAUCACAGACAGCGAUGACGAUGAAGACUACCUCGACGAGAACGACAACGACGAUUUCAUCGUUGAUGACACGGCGGGAGCACACCAGCAACACGCGUACGCCCCAGUUGCGUCGCAGUUUGUGCAGCCUGCCUUCCAGCCGGCCUCCACGCCGCUCGAAGAGUCAAAGAGAUUCCUCGUCUGGAACGACACAGGCUUCAUUCUCAGCCGCGAAGAAGAAACAACAUGCGCCAUCGACGUUGAGUUUCACAAUGCAUCCAAGCACCGCCCGAUUCGCCUCGUGGACCAUUUCGGGUUUACGAUGGGCGCCCUCACGUCAUCGCUCGUUGCCCUCGCUGCUCCCUCGCACGCGCCAACCGCAGAGAGCCAGCGCGACCACCCAAGUGUGCUGUUUGCGCGCAAUAUUGGGCACUGGUCCUCAGACGAGACCUGGCAACUCUUCUUCCCCGUCGGCGAGGAAAUUGAGUGCAUUGCGGUUGGCAGCGGCGAGACGUCGUUUAUCGCUGCUGCGACGAACAAGAACUACAUCCGCCUGUACUCCAACAACGGCGUUGUCCUGGAUGUGUUCUGCAUUGACGGUCCCGUCGUCACCAUGGCCGCACACGAGAACAAACUCAUGAUCAUUCACCACAGCGCGGCCGGUGUCAAGUCGAACCAGCACAUGCGCGCAGUUGUCCUGGAUGUUGACGCCAAGAGCGUUGUCUGCCGGACAAAUGUUCCACUCACAGAUGGUUCACAGCUGGUGUGGGCGGGGUUCUCCGACACGGGCCUGCCUGCCAUCGUUGACAGCGAGGAAGUUGUUCGCGCCCUCGUUCCAUCGUGGGGCUUUUCCUGGAUCCCUGUCGCCGAGUUUAAACAACUGCGUGACGAGAAACACAAGCACGAGUACUACUGGGUAACGGGUCUCUCUGACAACGAAAUUGUGUGCAUCAUCUGCCGAGGCGGCGAAACAUAUCCAAAGGUGCUGCCGCGUCCUGUCGUGUCGACUGUUCCGCUGCAGAUGCCAAUUGUCUCCGCACCGGAGACAGCGCCGUCGGAGGAAAAGUUCCUGCGCACCAAGAUUUUCGUGGAUCAUCUUAUCGAGAGCGAGGAAUUGGACGAGCUUGAUCGCGCGGAUCGCAAGCUGAUUCAGCACCACCGCCGUCAGCUCGACCAGCACGUGCUUGCAAGCAUCAGCCGGUCUGUGCAGAGCCAGCGGUGGGGACGGGCCCUCGAUCUCACAACGCGUCUGCUCCUGCCAGGCUCCUACGAUAUUGCCAUCAAGCUCGCCAUGAAGGCAAAGUCGCCCAUGCUCGCCGAGCGAAUGUCUCUCGCCAAGACCGCCCUGCAGACGAGCGAGCGCGAGCGCCUUCGCCUGAAGGUGCAGGCAGCGCGCGCUCCUCGUGCCCCCGUCACCAACGUGACGUCACCAUUGCCGUCGCUGUCAUCUGUGACAGCGCCACGUGCGCGCUCCCCUGCCAACGCCCCGUCGUUCUCUCCGGGCACAGCGCCGCGCACAACGCAUGAGCUGGAGAUGUCAUCGCCUGCAUCCACCGCCGCCACCCCAGACAAGGCUGCUGCUCGCUCGAGGGACAAGGAGACCAGCAAGUUUGCCAACGCCUUCCAGAACGUGCCGUUGUCACCCAAGAAGAAGCCAACGUCAGCAAGCAAGCCCAAGCUCUCCAACCCGUUUUCAAAGAAGCGCGCCAGCAGCAGCGGCACCGACGCGCCUGCCACCACUGCAACAGCAGAUGCAGGCGCUAAAUCCAGCAACCCCAUUGAUGCCCUGAACGAUUUGGCGCGCACGAGCCCCAAGAAGAAGGCCAAGGUGUCCAGCCCCUUUUCCGCGAAGGCUCCGCGUGCUCUCAACCCACCAGCAAAACAGAGCAAGCCGAAGAAACCUGUUUCAGGCUAUCUCCUCUGGCUCAAGGAGAACAGAAAGGACAUUAUCCAGCAGUUCCCCGAGUUGAAGCCGAAAGAAGUUGUGAAGAAGGCUGGUGAGAUUUGGCGCACCCUCUCUCCGGAGGAGAAGAGCAAGUAUGCCCGCCCUGCCACAAGUGAGAAGAAGCCUGCGCCAGCAAGCGCGCCAAGCUCCCGCAGCGACUCUGACGAUUCUGACGACGACGAAGAAGAAUCAGAGAAGACCAGCACCACUGCCAACAACAAGAACACCAAGGAGAACGCCAACGGCGUUGAGGACGAACAGUCGCAGCAGGAACCGGAGACUGCUUCCACCGCUCCCCUCGCUUCCGCUGCCUGAUGAUGAGUCAUCGGUUUCUUCUUUCCUUAUAGUUGCAUCAAAUCAAAUCAAAUGCAUAAAAGUUACACAUUCCA